AGUUGUGGAGCCGGGCGGGCCGGGGGGCGCACGGGGCCGGAGUCUGCCAUCGCAGCGCGCAGUUCUGCUCGCCUCGCCAGCAGCCAGCCUCUGCGCACCGAGCCGCCGGGGGGGGAAGGCAGCGCAGCCCGGCCCGGCCCGGGGAGCCUAUGGCUCGAGGGGCAGAGCCGGCUUGCCCCUGAUCGCCGGCACCCCGCAGCGGGGCUUCUGGGGGCGCCCGGGGAUGGCGCGGGGACUGUGCCGCCGGGCACCCUGCUGAGAUGCGCUUGGGCUGGCGCUAGGGUCCCGCUCCCCUCCGGGCUGGGGCUGCGCCUGGAUCGGUGCCGGCUCCACGCCCGCAGCUCGCCGCGGCUGGGAGCCCCGCGCGUCCUUGCUGCCCCGUCGGGGGGCUCGGGCCCCGGAGCGGUCCGAAGAGGCUUCCCAAGGACUCUGCCUGGACUUAGAUCCACCCCACCAUGCCCCUCCUUGGCGUCGUCCUCUGGGUCACCCUGCUGACGCUGGGCUGGCGGGUGGCCCACGCCAAGGACUACGUCUUUGCCACCCCGAGGGUGCAGCUCUCCCUCAAAGAGCUGAAGGCCACUGGCACCGCUCACUUCUUCAACUUCCUGCUCAACUCCACGGACUACCGCAUCCUGCUGAAGGACGAGGACCAUGACCGCAUGUACGUGGGCAGCAAGGACUACAUCCUCUCGCUGGACCUGCACGACAUCAACCGGGAGCCCCUCAUUAUUCACUGGCCCGCGUCCCAGCAGCGGAUCGAAGAAUGCAUCUUGUCGGGGAAGAACAACAAUGGCGAAUGUGGCAACUUCAUCCGCCUGAUCCAGCCCUGGAACCGGACCCACCUGUACGUCUGUGGCACUGGUGCCUACAACCCCGUCUGCACCUUCGUCAACAGGGGGCGCAAAGCACAGGCCUUUGCGCUGACCCAAAGUGUCCAGCCGGGAGGACGGGGAAGCCGAGCCGCCGACUCCUCCCACAGCCCGACACCAGCAGAACGCAAGGAUUAUAUCUUCUACCUGGAGCCGGAGAAGCUGGAAUCAGGGAAAGGGAAGUGUUCCUAUGACCCCAAGGUGGACAGCGUCUCAGCCUUGAUAAAUGAGGAGCUAUAUGCUGGCGUCUACAUUGACUUCAUGGGCACGGACGCAGCCAUCUUCCGCACCAUGGGCAAGCAGACGGCCAUGAGGACUGACCAGUACAACUCCCGCUGGCUGAACGACCCGGCGUUUGUUCACGCCCAGCUCAUCCCGGACAGCGCCGAAAGGAAUGACGACAAGCUUUACUUCUUCUUCCGGGAGAAAUCAGCUGAUGCCCCACAAAGCCCUGCUGUCUACUCCCGCAUCGGGCGCAUCUGCUUGAAUGACGACGGAGGUCACUGCUGCCUUGUCAAUAAAUGGAGCACGUUCCUGAAAGCCCGGCUCAUCUGCUCCGUUCCAGGGCCUGACGGGAUCGAAACGCACUUCGAUGAGCUCCAGGACGUGUUCAUCCAGCAGACCCAGGACGUGAAGAACCCCAUCAUCUACGCCGUGUUCGCUGCCUCUGGGUCCGUGUUCAAAGGCUCCGCCGUGUGCGUGUACUCCAUGGCUGACAUACGCAUGGUCUUCAAUGGGCCCUUCGCCCACAAGGAGGGACCCAACUACCAGUGGAUGCCAUACACAGGCAAGAUGCCCUAUCCGCGCCCAGGCACCUGCCCAGGAGGCACCUUCACUCCUUCCAUGAAGUCAACCAAGGAUUACCCAGACGAGGUGAUCAACUUCAUGCGCACGCACCCGCUGAUGUACCAUGCCGUGUACCCCGUGCACCGCCAGCCGCUGGUCGUGCGCAGCAACGUGCACUACAAGUUCACCACCGUGGCCGUGGACCAGGUGGACGCAGCCGACGGGCGCUAUGAGGUGCUUUUCCUGGGCACAGAUCGCGGCACAGUCCAAAAGGUGAUCGUCCUCCCCAAGGACGACUUGGAGACCGAGGAGCUGAUGCUGGAGGAGGUGGAAGUGUUCAAGGUUCCAGCCCCCAUCAAGACCAUGACCAUCUCCUCCAAGAGGCAACAGCUGUACGUGGCCUCGGCCAUAGGCGUGACCCACCUGGCUCUGCACCGCUGCGACGUGUACGGGGAGGCCUGUGCCGACUGCUGCCUGGCCAGGGACCCCUACUGCGCGUGGGACGGCAAGGCCUGCUCCCGCUACUCAGCAUCCUCCAAGAGGCGGAGCAGGCGCCAGGAUGUCCGACACGGCAACCCCAUCCGCCAGUGCCGGGGCUACAACUCCAAUGCCAACAAGAACACGGUGGAGGCUGUCCAGUACGGGGUGGAGGGCAGCACAGCCUUCCUGGAGUGCCAGCCCCGCUCCCCGCAGGCCACCGUCAAGUGGCUGCUCCAGAAGGACAACAGUGACCGGCGGAAAGAGCUGCGCACAGAGGGCCGGGUGCUGCGGACGGAGCAGGGGCUGCUCCUACGCUCCCUGCAGCUCUCAGACAGCGGUCUCUACUCCUGCACGGCCACUGAGAACAACUUCAAGCACACGGUGGCCAAGGUGCAGCUGCACGUGCUGAGCAGCGAGACGGUGCACAGCGUGCUCUUCCAGUCGGAGGCGCCCGCCCUGCAGGCCGACGGCGACGUCUCCACCUCUGCGCUGGGCAUGCGGGCUGGCCUCCCUGGUGCCCCCGGGCCCCAUUACCAGGACCUGGUGCAGCUCCUCACCCAGCCUGAAAUGGGACUCAUCAACCAGUACUGCCAGGGCUACUGGCGGCAUGCAGCCUCCAGCCACAAGGAGGCGCUGGCCAGCCUCAAAGCCAAGGAGCUGCAGGAAGAAAAGAAGCCUCGAAACCGCCGGAAUCACCAGCCAGACGUGGACCAGCUCACAUGAAACUGCCACCAGGGACUUUGUAAUAACAGUGCUAUAUUCCCCCCCCCUUUUAAUAUUAAAAAUAUCUAUAAAUAUAUAUAUAAAUAUAUAUAUAUACACACACACUCCCCCACUCCCUUUCAAGACAGUAUUUAUUUGUAGGUUGUACAUAGUCCAUGGGAGAUGCAGUCCCACCCUAUUGCCCCAUGGCCUUUGGGCAAGAUAGCCAGGUUCCCAGAGGCACCCUGGCCAGCAGCUUGUCCUUUUCUCUUCCUAAUGUCUACGGUACUGUAAAAUAAAAGGCAGGCACCAAGUAUGGGGGUGGGGCUAUGGUAAGAUCCCCUCCCCCAGUCCCUCAUCAAACCAGAAGCUCUUGAUGCUAACGUAGGUAUGAGCCAGCGCAGGACCCUCUGCCCACUCUCUUGAUCCCAAGCCAGAGUGCUGGCACCUGGAGGGGCCACUCUCUCUCUCUAGCUGGGAGGGGGUGUCUCUGAGCUGGGGUGCCAUUGGCAGAGCUGCCAUGUUCCCUCUCCCCCUGACAUGGGACCCGUUGGGGAGCCUGGGUUUGGUCUGUUUCCCACCAGUGCCCUGGGCAUUGAUGUGUGGUGGGCCCGAGCUGGGGGGGUGUCUGACUUAGGAAUGGGAAGUCCAUGCUGGGGGUGGAACUUCUUGGCCACUGACAAUAUCCUUCCCCUAUUGGCACUGGACUAGGAAGGGACUGGCAGGGAUAGAGGGAAGUGGUCCCCUCAAGGGGACUGGGUCCCCAGGAGCCUGGCACCCAUCGUGCAUGCACGCCCAGUUGCACGUCACUCCUGGGUGCCUCUUGAAUUCCCAGGGAAGCACCAUCGUUGGGCUAAACCCCAUGGGGGUCGAGGGCACAAGGCCAGGCUUUUCCACCCACUGCUGGCCACACGUCACUCCUGCAAGGGGUAUGCUGGGAAUGAUAUCACAGGCUCCGCCUGGGCUGAUUGGUGGAUGAUGUGAUGCCCUCAAGGAGGUGGAGCUACAGUGGUAUAAAAAGCUGGCUCUGCAGCCGGAUUAAAUCAGGGAUUCAGGAAGCAGGAGGGGUGAGGAUGUCAGCUGCAGCUGUGCUCCUCUGGUGCCAGCUGCACCUAGCAAGCAUGCCCCUUCCCGGGCUCUGCUGCGGUGGCACCUUGGAGGGUACUAGGGAGACUGGGCAUAGGGGCCAAAGCUGCUCUCUGGUGGAAUGGAUGGGGCAGACACUCCUCCUCCCUCCCCCUCGCCCCCCCCCCACCCUCGGAGGUGGGAAGAAUUCCUUUUGGCAGGUGGGGUGAAGUGAGGAAAGGACAGAGCAAGUAGGGGGAUGGAGCGAGGCAAGGCGGGGAGCAGGCAAGGUGGGGAGCAGAGGCAGGCAAUGGGUACCUGGACAGCCGGGUCCCCCCCCACUGAGUGACCUUGGGCAAGUCACUCCCCUAUCUGUGCCUCAGUUUCCCCAUCUGAUUACUUCUCAUUAUUUAUUUAGCCAUGGCCCCACUGCCACUGGACCUGGCAACACCAGCCUCUCUGCUGUGCGGCUUCAUGAUGGGGGGGGGGGGCGCAGGGGGAGAGAGAAGGGUCAGUAUUGAGUUGUGAGGCAUUGUGGGUAGUGAAGUCCUGGGGCGCCCGGUUGCUACCCUGGCCCAUGUGUGGGAGCUGAGUAGUGGGUCUUCUGGCAGCUACACUGAUUGGGAGCUAGAGCAGAGUGUAUGUGGGGAGGGGGCCAGUGGGAUGGGGGGGUGAAAAAAGGGGUUGUGGGAAGGGGCUGACUGGCUGACAGCGCUGCCUGCAUUCAAUCCCUAGGCCUAGUGGCCACAGCCACACUCACCCUGGCAGACCCCAGAGUGCUUUGCAAACUGGACUGACAGGGGCACUUCACCCACUGCUAAAAUGCAGCUACCUCUGGGGAGGGGCAGGUUACAACAGAGCCUCUGCCCCACAGCUUAAGUCAGGACUCCAAAACUGACCCGGGAGCUGGGGGAGGAGGCAAAUUGGGCUCUAGGUGCCUGGGGCAGGCAUUGGCUGCUGCUGCUGCCAUGGGAGUUUUAAGGCCUGUGCUCAAAGCACCUGCCCAAAAGGGCUGUUAAUUGGUGGGGAGAGACCGAGCCUGGGGUUUAACCUGGCUCCCUUGCUCCCAGCCUGUGCUGCCCGGGGUCACCACUAGGGGCCAACCUCAGCCCUGGGUUCAGCAGGGGGCCCAGCUCCUGGGCUCACAGAGCCACUGGCAUGUUGCCCACACCACCCCAAUAGUUCAGGCCAAGUCCGUGGCUGGUGCAAAGUAGCGUGGCGUCAUGGCCUGCCGUGGGUAUUGGUGGGGCUUCGCCCAUUCCCACCAGCUGAGGAUCCGGCCCUGGCCCCUCCGGAGUCAGGUGCCCAUCCUCCCACUAGCGUGGCAUGGUCCUCUUGCACAUGGGCACUCCAUGGCCACUAGUGGCUGUAGCGCUGCCCGCUGGGGAAAUCCAGGCAGGCUGGAGCAGUGGAGCCAAGCAGGGCAGGAAACGCUACCCAGACAGCACACAGGGAGGUUACUCAGGCUCAGGGCAAGGGGGCUGGCCCAAGGGUUGGGGACACAAAGAGGACUGGGUACCAGUCUGGGAGAAGGCACCAUUAGCCACCAGGGUCACUGCCCCAUCCGAGCCACGAUGUGAGGCUGCACACUAAGGAAGCCAGGGCAGUACUCACUGCACUAAGUGCUGAUUCUCCCUGGACAGGGGAAGACUAUAGCACGGACAUCAGCUCUCCCCAAGCAACUCCUGGCUUUCUGGGGCUGGAACCAGCUGCCUUAGGUGGCAAGUAUAUGGGGCUAUAGAAAUUAGUGGCUAGCCCCAUGGAGGUCUGUAAUGAAAGCUAGGCAAUACUAUGGAUAACUACCCAUGAUUUCAGAUGAGAGAAGAACAUGUGACAGGGUCAUCAUGCUGGGACACACUUCACCCUGCAAUUGCACCACAGUCAGAGUGCCUGGGGGCUGUGCCCAUCUCUAUUCACAUGACAGGCAUCCGAGAGUCAUCCAUUGGUUUUCCUCUGAGAUAACAAUGCCAGGUUCCUUACCCACACACACCCCUCAUAGGGCUCAGCUCCCCCCAGCUGAGGGAGGGUGAGGGAGCAAAGCAUCCUGGGGUCAGCUAUGCAAAUUCCAAAGCAGGAAGUCAGGCCCUGAGAGCCCGCUCCCAGCUAGUUGAGACUCAAAAGGGUACACCAUGGGCCAUAGGGACAGCCAGGGAGAACUCACCCUUACCAGGCCAAGCCAGUGAGGCAGGAAUUGUGCCCUUUGCUUCCCAAUGCUGCUAAUGCCCAGUGUUAACCACUUCCAAGCAGGCCACUCAUGAGAUUGAGUAGCCCACAGCUCAUGUGGUGUGUACUGACAGUUACCCGCUAGGGCCAUGCCCCCCGUCCCCCACCCCAUGGGACAGCUGCCUGUGCCGGUUCAGACCAAGCGCAUCUGCUCUCUGGUGUAAAUAGUUGUAAAUGGCAAAUGUAACGGAAGCGGAGCAGGCAGCAAGGCUGAGCUCCAAGGCACAUCACACCUGUACUGUGAACUUCCUGUGGCUGGGAACGAACUAAUAAACAACGGCUUUGUUUAUGGA